AUCUUAAAAGAAAAUGUCAAAGAAGCUUACAGGACUGGGACACCUGUACUAGAAAAGGAAAAAUAGCCCAACCCACCCGGCUGUCGUGACAAGUCACUGUCACAAGGGCCAAACGACCUGUGGCCCCACCUGCCAUACAGAAAGCGACGCACCCCGCGCCGCGGCUCGUAUACUCGCGUCCUCCCAGGCUCCCAGCCCACGACCGCCUCCUCUCUCUCCCCCCACAUCGCGACGCGGCCCUGCGCGCGCGCCCGGCCCUCUCCGCUGCUCUUAUGGACGCCGGGAGCCAUACCUGGCCGCCCCCGGCCCCCUCGCCGCCGCCCUUCUCCUCGCGGCCCCGCGCGUCGCCGUCCCCGCACCGUCGGCGCCGCCGCCACUCCAAGAAGCAGCACAAGCCACCGCCCGCGCAGCCGCCCCCGACGCCGUCGCCGGCGCCGCAGGGCGCGGACUACUCCGCGCUACCGCCGGAGCUCGUGCACCGGGCGCUCGCGGCCUCGUGCGCCUCCGACGUCGCGGCGGCCAGCCGCGCGUGCCGCGCGUGGAGGGACGCGCUGCGGCCGCUCCGCGAGGCCGCGGCGCUGCACGCGUACGGCCGACGCGUCAAGCACGGCCCCGUGGCGGGAGCCGCCGCCCGCGGUGGCGGGGGCGGAGGGCGUAUCGAGGCGGAGAGGCAGCGCGCGCUGGGGCUGUUCCGGCGGGCGGCGAGGCUGGGCUCCGCGGCGGCGAUGGUGGACGCCGGGCUGAUGUGCUGGGAGGAGGGGCGGCGGGUGGAGGCCGUGGAGUACUACCGGAGCGCGGCGGAGCUGGGGCACCCCGUCGGGAUGUGCAACCUUGGGGUCUCCUACCUUGAAGCUGAUCCACCUAAGGCUGAGCAAGCCAUCCGAUGGUUUUAUCCAUCUGCAUCAGCAGGCAAUGCUCGUGCUCAAUACAACCUAGGCCUUUGCUUGCAGAAUGGGAAAGGGAUCAAGCGUAAUCAGAAGGAAGCUGCAAAGUGGUACUUGCGAGCAGCAGAGGGAGGAAAUGUACGAGCCAUGUAUAACAUUUGCCUGUGUUACAGCUAUGGUGAAGGGCUUGCACAGGAUCCAGUGCGUGCUAAGAGGUGGCUGCAACUAGCUGCUGAUUGUGGUCACAAGAAAGCUCUUUAUGAGUGUGGUAUUAAGCUCUGUGCGGCAGGAGACAAGGUCAAGUCUCUCACGUAUUUGGAGUUGGCAACUCGGCGUGGAGAAACCGCAGCUGCCCAUAUGAGAGAUGUAAUACUGGAAUCACUCUCUGCUGCGAGCACACAGCGUGCCCUAUCAGAUGCUGAUAAAUGGAAACCUAGGGCCCUCCAUCCAAGAAGCAUCUUGAGGAGUGUUACCUUGCUGCAGCCAUACCUUCGCAAUCUGCACAAAGCCGUCCAUUACAGAUAACAACGGGAGAAGUCGCAAAAAAAUUCCCCGUGGCAAUAGUUCUGAAGGAGAUGCAGUGGUGCAAACAAAACUGUACAGUUCAAGUUGCUGGUUUCAUCAGUUUGUAGCUGGCGCCUGGAGGCUGGACACUUGUCUUUGUUGUAACAGAAAUUUUGUCUAAAAAAAAAGAGACAGAAAUCUUUGGACAUAGACCAAAUGUGUGAAUGCUGUAUCGUUGUCGCAAUUAAAAGAAGUGAUGGUUGACAGGAUGUCUGAAGAUGAGGGCCUCGAAACAAUGUAUGAUGUAUAACCAGAGAUGGUAUUAUUGAUCUUUUUGUUGGAGGAAAGAAGCUUUAUCUAUUUUUCAAGUAUGUAUGCACUGGAUUGGACAUUAGUUAGUGUCUGAUAUAUUUCUUUAGAAAAAGUUCUCUGAAAA